UGGAGGGGUGUCCAGCGGGAGGAAGCGGCUGGAGCAGAGGACCUUGGGAACUGAGGAGAGCUGGUCACCAGAUGGGGAUCUGGGGACACAGGAACAAGUGGCUUUGUCCCGCAACAGGCGGAGAAGGCCAGGCUGUCCCCAGGGACCGGGGGAGGGGCUGGCAGCAGCGGGGACAGAGAGGCCUCUGUGAGGGGAAGCGCCCAGCUGGCUGGAGCGCACAAUCCUCUCGGGGCCCGCCUGGGGCAAGAGAAAGAGGCUCCAGAGUCGGUGGUGUCUGUGCUCGAGACCCUCAGCGAAGAGCGCCCAGGGGAGCUAGGGGGGGCAGCUGGGUCCCUGGGGGCGGGGUGUACUCCCCAGGCUUACCCCAAGAGGCCACCUGGGGACAGGUUUUGUAUUGGACGCCAGGCCCCGCCCCUCGGAGAGGUAGGCCAGGCGGCCAAUCCGAGAGCGGUAUGAGCCGCGGCGAGAGGAUCGGUGUGGUGGCGGCGGGAGCAGAAGGGGGUCCCCUGGGGUCCCCCUCCCUCACCCAAUGAGGCCCGGGAGGGAGAAGGAGCGGGCGGGCGCCGCCCCUACCAGCUCUGGGCCUCCGCGCGCCCCCGGCUCCUACAGGCACCGAGGCGGGAGCGCCCUGGGAGCUGGCCCCUCGGCCGGAAAAUCAAACCCGGCUGGCGGCCUCUCAGCCAAUCAGGGAGAAGAUGAGCCGGCCUUAGCCAAUGGUCGCAGCGAAUGCUAAUGAGCACUGACGCCACGAGGAGGCCCAUUCAAAAAGUAGCAGCUAUUGUCGCUGCGGGGUGUGUGCGGCCGUCCUCCCCGCUGUCGAGCUGCGAGGGGACCGGCCCGGGCCCGGGCCCACGCGGGGACUCAGCCUGGGGCGGGCCCAGCAGGGAGCCCGGCUGGCGGGCCCAUGGCCGGAGCCGCGAUGGCCGAGCCGGGCCGCCCGCCGCCCGCCGCGCCCCCGGAGCCCAGCACAGAGGGGCUGCCGCGCGCCUUCCUGCAGAGCCUGCGCACCCUCUUUGAUAUCCUGGACGACCGGCGGCGCGGCUACGUGCACCUGCGCGAGAUCGAGUCCCGAUGGCAGGGCGCCGACGCGCGCGAGCUGCCCUGCGGCGUACUCGAGGGCUUGCGCCAGGUGGCCCCGGCCAGCGGCUACCUGACCUUCGAACGCUUCGUGGCCGGCCUGCGCACCUCGCUGCUGAGCGCCGACGGAGGCCCGCGAGGCCCGGCGCGCUCCUCGACCCGGGGAGGAGGACCAGCGCGCCCGGGGGGUCAGCCACCGCCGCCGCCUCCGCAGCGCCUAGUGUUCGCGCCCGCGGACGAGCCGCGGACGGUCCUGGAGAGGAAACCCUUGCCGCUGUGUGCGCGCCCCCCAGCGGCCGACUCCGGAGGCACCUCCCGGAGUCUAGAAAAGUUGUGCGGCCCCGCGGAGGCGGUGCCGGGCCUCGCGGAGCCGGAGCGGCCGCAGGGAGCGGCGCUGGAGCGGAGCCCGAGCGCGGACGCUGGUGCCACGGCCUGCAGGGCCUGGGAGCUAGGCGUGGGGGACACGCGGCGGGCCCCCCGCGCCCGAGGUGAACGGCGGAGGCACACCAUCACCCACGGAGUGGACUGUGACCUGCUGAAGCAGAUGGCGGAGCUGGAGCAGGAGAAGGAGGUGCUGCUGCAGGGGCUGCAGAUGACGGCCCGGGGCCGCGCCUGGUGCCAGCAGCAGCUGCAGCGCGUGCAGGAGCGCCAGCGCCGCCUGGGCCAGAGCAGGGCCAGCGCCGACCUUGGGGCCGAGGGGAGCCCCCGCCCGCUGGGAAGACUGCUGCCCAAGGUGCAGGAGGUGGCCCGGUGCCUGGGGGAGCUGCUGGCCGCAGCCUGUGCCGGCUCGGCCCCACCCCCCUCCUCCUCAGCGGCCCCGGGCCCCGCCUCACCCCCGGCGCCAGGCUGGCAGCAGCAGACCAUCCUGAUGCUGAAGGAGCAGAACCGGCUGCUCACCCAGGAGGUGACGGACAAGAGCGAGCGGAUCACACAGCUGGAGCAAGAGAAGUCCGCCCUCAUCAAGCAGCUGUUCGAGGCCCGCGCCCUCAGCCAGCAGGACGCCGGGCCUCUGGACUCCACCUUCAUCUAGUGGCCACCGGAAUGGCCGUGGGCCUCAGCCUGGCGCGGGCCUGGGCAGGCACGGGCCGCGCGGACGUAGCCCUCCCUCCUCCGCAGGUGGGCCGCCCCCAGGAUGCCCUUUGGUCCUGGCCUGGGGCUGCAGGGCUGGCCUGGGCAGGACUCCACUGUGCAGGCACAUCUUGAGCUGCUGCUGCUGCUGCCACAGUUGCGGCAGUGGAGACGCGUCCUCACGUUUACCAGGUGUCAGGCCGCCCGGGGCCGAGGGGCUCGCGGCUGCUCUGCCCGUGUUUACAGCGGGCCUGUCUCCCCUCCCACCUGCGGUCUCCAGUAGAAGGCGCUGGUCCCGCUAGGCUGCACUUCUGCCAGCAGCCAGCAGAGGGCAUCACCUUCAUGCUGCUCUUGGGCCCUGGAGCGCCCACAAGGGAGUCUCAGGGGGAUGGGAUAUUCAGGGACCUGUGGGGGGGCUGGGACCCCUGAGGGUGCAGCAGGUGACUGGGCCUGGGGGCCCAGGGGCAUCUUCUCCCAACCUAGGGCACCAAGACU